CGAUGAAGAAUACUAUUUUUGAGUGUUGGAGACUCAAGUUCAUACCGUGGCUGUCUUAUUCUCUUUUUAAUCGGGUGGUUUGUCUGUGGUGUCCGCGUGCGUGGCGCUUCGGCAUGGAUUUGUGAGAUGUGACAAUCCGUGUGUCGAUGAUGGUUCGGAGUUGUGAUUUGGAGGAUAUAGAGGUCGUGGCGAGGCAAGAAUGAGUGGGACUGGUCGGAUUCCGCCUGUUCAGCGUGGAGGUGAUGCAUUUUCCUACCCUCCACUCACCAGCCUACUGACAUUAUUGGAUUUCUCGAUCAUAAAAGUGGUAGAAGCAGAAGCCCGUGUAUUAAACGUCCCGCUCAAAGCCGCCUUCACCAUCUCUUCGUCGAGAUUGGAGUGCGUGGGAAAUGUUGCAGUUCGUAUUCAGCUGAUGGAUGGGAGCGUGGGCUGGGGCGAGACCUCCAUUCUGCCGGCCGUUACCGCUGAGGACCAGCCCACUGCGUUGUCCAAGGCCUUGCAAAUAUGCUCUUUGCUGAAGAACUCGCCGGCCAUGAGCUGCAGGGAGGUGCUGGAGAAUGUUGCCCACUUGCUCCCUGGCCAUGACUUCGCCUCGGUACGUGCAGGUUUGGAGAUGGCAAUUUUCGAUGCUUUAGCACACAGCGUGGGUAUGCCUCUUUGGUGGCUCUUUGGUGGUCACAGCAAUACGGUUGUCACAGAUAUCACGAUUCCAAUAUGCUCUGCGAAUGAAGCGGGAAUGUUGGCCUCGGAGUACGAAGCUCGAGGAUUUCAAACGAUCAAGACAAAAGUCGGUGGCAGGGCCUUACAAGAUGACAUUGACAUGCUGAUAGCAAUUCGUCAAAACCAUCCCAAGUGUUCACUUAUCCUUGACGCAAACGGGGGCUACAAUGCCAAUGAUGCUCUUGAGGUUCUCAAGCAACUCCACGAGUUGGAGUUAUCUCCAGUUUUACUUGAGCAGCCCGUGGCACGAGACGACUGGGAAGGACUUCAUCAAGUAACCACCGAAGCUUUUGACCGAUUCGGCGUCCUCAUAGCUGCUGAUGAGAGCUGUCGAAACAUGGAGGAUGUGACUCGCAUUGUCAACAACAAAUUGGCUCACGUUGUGAACCUCAAGCUAUGCAAGAUGGGGGUUUUGGUCGCACUGGAAGUGGUGUCCCUUGUGCAACAAGCGGGCCUGGGACUAAUGAUAGGAGGCAUGGUCGAAACGCGCCUUGCAAUGGGUUUUGCAGCUCACAUGGCUGCAGGCCUAAAUUCUUUCAGAUUCAUAGAUUUGGAUACCCCUCUACUCCUGGCAGAAGAUCCCGUCCUCGGCGGAUACAAUGCGGAAGGGCCACUUUACAAGUUGGGCAACAAACCAGGUCAUGGGGGAAGUGUCCUUUGGCCACAAGAUUGAAACCUGUAGACGAGAGAUUCUUCGGUGCAGCGGAGCGGUUCAGAGAUUAUUUCAGUUCUGCGGCAACAAAAUUUAUCAGUGGCAGGGAUCAGGUAUUGGUUGAUCGCCUCAUACAUAGUAUUGUCUACCAUGUUGGAGGGUGUACCGAUGUGAUAAAAGAGGGGAUGAAAGAGCAGUUUUAAUGCAUGCCAUCAAUCUUCACAAGUGCCCAUAGUUUGCUUCUUGGCAGGCUUGUGUUAUCAAUUAGUGGAGCGAACUCUGAUAACUUUGCAAAGGAUUCCACAGUAGCAAUUCUAAACAAUAAUAGAAUGAGAAACCUUCUCAAGAACUACGCACACACUUGGAUAUAGAAGCACCACAUUAUUUACUGUAUGAAUCAAAUUAUCAACCUUAUUGUGCUGGAUGGAACAGAACUUUCUUAGCUGACAUUGAACUUAUUGGUUUGAAAUGUGUAGAUUUGGUGUUCAACUUCUAUUGAAAUAGAAAGACUGCAAUCUUUUUAAGUAAGAAUUAUUUGUACAUUGGUCUUUUCGGGAUCUAUUAUAUCACUCAAUUAUUCUUCAAUUGUCUCUA